AAUAUUUUAAUUGGCCGGGUCAAGCAUAAAUGGAGAACUUUUUGGUAGAGAAAGAUAUGCAAAAUUCAUGGAUGAGAGCUUUCCAGAAGCUUUGUAGUUAUCGAGAGGCAUUAUUUAUUUACAAAAUACUACAAUGGAUUAUUGGCUUACUAAAAUCAUAUCAAACCACUUCAGAUAAAAUAUCAAAAUUUAGAACUAAAUUUUUCAUUUUUUUACUUUUCAUAAAUAUUUUUAUGAAAAUCUGCUCAUGAGAAACCCUAUGAAAUUCUGGCAUGUUUAAUGAGCUUGAUCACUGAUUCUCUUGUCAUGUCUCAUGCAAGGAGUGAGAUCAAUAUGGAGAAUGAACAACCUGCAAUGAAGGGUUUACCUAUAACCCAUCAAGCAAACUCUGAGAUUAUCAAAAUUGAGCUGAUGGAGAGUUUUAUUCAUUACCUUUGCAAAAAUGCUCAAGUUGAGAAGAAAGCUGCCAUUCCUCGUGAGCAUACCAAUAUCAUUGUUUUGAAUGUUCUAAUGACGAAUUUCUCAACCUGGAUGAUAUGAAUUGUGUAACUGAAUGAAAUCCUGAUACCCAAAUCGAAAUAGUUGACCCUCAACUUCAAGAUAUUCCUGUCUGCAGAUCUUUUGACUACUAUGUAAACCCAAACAGCCAUAGUCUAGUGGAGGUUGGAACAAGACUUCACCCAUACAAAGAUCUUGACUCUGCCUUUGUGGAGAUUCUGAACUUCCACAGUGACCAAGAGAGAAAUAUAACUGUGUAUGUAAUGGAAAGUACAACUGUGUUUGGAGUGAGUCCAAUCUAUAUUUCUAAUAUCACUCAUGUUCAAGUUGAAUCCUACACUGAUACAAAAAUUAGGAGAGACCCUGCUAGAUUAGUUGGUGUAACCAAUAGUUCAAAACUUAUCAGAUCAAAUUUUCCAACAAAAUUCAAGAUUUUAGCCAAUCAGUCUGUAUUACUGGCUGAGAAAAUAUUUGAUGUUGAAGAGUUUGACUCCGAUGAUAGAAAGGAACUCUUACUGAAUAAUGCAAUAUUUCGCCCGUUCCAUGCUGGCUUUGUGCUCAACAAUUUUAGACUAAGAACAGAUUAUGAUGAUCCCUCAACUUCCCAUGCUAUAGUUGAUCCAGUAAAUAUUGAUACAAAAAUAGUUGGAUUCACUAAUUGAGACUUGAGAAUUCAGGGAACUGUCUUCAGAGCUAUCACACAAGUUCUCAAUUUCAGAAUGGAGAAUAUCCUCUUGGAGACUCAGUUUCUUUAUAGAUUUAUCUUGAUGAACCUCAGAUGUGCUCCUGAUGGAAGUGACCUUGGAACCCAGUUUUAUUGGAAAAAUAUCACAGUCAUAAACUCUGGUGAACGGCCAUCUUAUCUGCAUAUUCAAGAAUCUUUCAUCCGAGCUUAUCUUCCCAGUAAUGCGCACAUUGAAGACUGAAUGUUUGAUACAUAUCAAGGAUAUUCAAACACAUUGGUUCCUUAUGUCUUCUAUAUCAAUCAAAAGAAUUGUACUCCAAUAAAUGAAGCUAAAUGGAACUUCACCAAUGUCCAUUUAGACACUAGGAGGUUUGAAAAUGGAAGAAAUAGUAGUUUUGCUAACUCAAAUCAUUUCUCAUUAGUAAGAGGAACCGAGAACUCUAAUCAUGUAGAUCUAUACAUCUACAAUUUUUCUUCUUCUAAUACGAUAUCCUUCACAACUAUGGCUUCUUUCAAUUGUUGGCUUUGAAAUAACAUCACUCUGUAUAUGAAAGAUAUUGCCUUUAAAAAUGUUGAAGGAUAUGUUAUGAACUUAGAGACUGAAUAUACAUUCAUCAAUAACAUUUCCUUUACAAAUGUAAACUCCGAUAUCUUUUAUCUAAUGCAUAUGUCCUCUGAUAACAGCAUCCAAAUUGAUGGUCUUACAUUGGACAACGUUACUGAUGUAGGUUCUUCAAAAUUAUCUCUAAUUUUGGCUUACUCGAAACAAGACUCAGACUUUGUGUUCAAAAAUAUUGAUAUCAAAGCUGCAGAGAUUAUCAAUAGAAGAGCCGUUCUAUUUAUCACUUCAACUAGUAAUAGUAGCCUGGAAUUUUCAAAUGUCUCAGUUACAAACUCAGCACUAGGUGGAGAUUCUAACUUACUUGGAUAUGGAAUAUUUCGGAAUCUCAAUUUCACAGACAUUCAUGUUAGAAAUACUACCUCCAAAGCUCAAGGAGUCAAUUACAUUAUUCGAAGUGAUUAUAGUAGCGAGGGGCUUGCUCCAGAUAACAAUCAGACUUUGAGUAAUGUUCUGAUAGAAGAGUCUUCUAUUUCAUUGCUUAGUGUAUCUAAGCCAGAUGGUUAUGUGGGAUCAUCCCAAAGCUUUUCUGUCAUCAAUAUCACUUAUCGAAAUAGUGUCAGUGAAGUUGAAUUAGACUUUAUAAGACUGUAUCAGAUGUCCACCACAGGUUCCUACUCAAUCACUCUAAAUGAUAUAUCUUUCAAGAACUUAUCAUUCACAACUCAGAGUAAUCUGAUGUAUUUUCAGCAACAACUGUCAACUCCAGUUGAAAUCUCUAACCUUGAAGUUUCAGAUGUUGUAAAUGGGGGAAUCACUGUUGAAAAUUUUAGAGAAAAUGAAUUCUACAAUACAACUCAUGUGCAAAUUACCAACAUGACUGCAUACAAUGUAAAUGGGAUGUCAACAUCUCUUUUUAAUAUCUUUGAUGGGGCUGAAAUUCAGAUUGUUAGUUCUCAGUUUUCGUUCAUUAGCAACUAUAACAAAGGUGCUGUUAUGUCAGCUGGUACUCAGAAAGCUGUCAGUGUUUUCAUAGAAUGUUCUUUCUGGAACAAUACAUCAAUAGACGGUGCUGUUUUUGCAACAGAAGCUGAAAGUAACAUCAAAUGAUACAAUUGAGAAUUCACUCAUAAUUUUGCUGUAUCAAGCGGUGUAGUCAAAGUAGACUCUGAUGGAAUGUUUGAAUUUUACAACUGCACAAUCCACGACAAUAUUGCCCUUAGAGCUUCAUUCAGUGAGCUAUAUUCAUCCCAACUUGAAAGUAUUUUGGAUGGAUCAAAUAUUGCUUCUAAUUAUGUUGUAACUAAAGAUAAGAUACUUACAGAUAUCGUGAUGCAAGGUUAUAUUCAUAAAAGUUUCAGAAAUUAUAUAAACAAUAACACUGAAAUCCUUGAUUCAGGAGAUAACCCUAGUUGUAUAAAAGCUCUGCUAGGAUCAAUCUCAAUAACGAAUAGCGUCUUUGAUAGCCAACCUUACAUCCUUGAGAUCAUUAGCUCUAUAAUUUCUAUAACAAAUGUAUCAUUUAUAAGCAUUGAGUUAGCUAGCAUAAUGAUGAGGAUAAGUGAGUCUGAAGCUUUUUUUUAUGGAAUUAUCAUGACAAACCUCACAUGUGGAAAUCAACAAAAUGAUGUAUUGCAACUUACAAAUUCAUUCAUCAAAAUACUUGACUUGAAUUAUACUUCUUCUACUUGUCGAUUAAUUCAAGCGGCAGCUUCACAACUAAAUCUGGAGAAACUGAGUUCCUCCCAAAUCAGUCUCAAUCUAAUGAAUCUAAUUAAUAUUCAAAGGUCUAAAGCCAUUGAUGUCAGCAAUAGAGGUGUGAAUUUUACCACAUCGAUAGAGUCUUGCACAUUCAAGUCCAUAUCUUCUAACUUUAUUAACUUGAUUUUUAUCAAGAAUUCAGGGAUCUCAAAAAUAGAAAAUACCGCAUUUAUCGAGAUUGGAACUCAGGUGAUUAAAAUUGAGAAUUCGGUCGUAGAUCUGAUAAGCAAUGUUCACUUUGAAUCUAAUCUACAGUGAAUCUUGGCUCAAGAAUCUACUCUGAAGUUAGUUCAGUCUUCUGAGUUCAGAGAAUGUUCGGCAGAACACUCUAAUGGAGGAGCCAUCAGACUUGUCAGAAGUAGCUCUACUAUUAGGGAGUGAGAAUUUAAUACUAAUUUAGCUGAAACUGGAGCUGGGAUCAGUGUAGAAUGAACUUCCCUGGUUGAGUGUGAUAAUAUGUUUGAAUAUCUUAUAUUCUCGAAUAAUUAUGCUAAGAUACAAGGAGGAUCAAUAUAUUACAAUUACAAAAGACCCCUGCUUACUCAUAUUACCUACAUUAACAAUACUGCACAGUAUGGUCAUGAAAUUGCAAGCUAUGCUGUCAAGAUAGUUCAAAAGAACACUUCUAAUAAUAAAAUUGUACUAAAUGAUGUUGGGAGCAAUAUCGAAUUUAACAAAGAUCUUGAACUAGAGCUCAUCGAUUACGAUGGCCAAGUCAUGAAUCUUGAAAACACUUUCACAGUCACAAUUCUUGAAAAUGAUCCUUCAAUUGAAGUAAAAGGAACAAACACAGCAAAAUUUGUCAAUGGAACUGCUCUCUUUGACAAUCUAAUUUUUGUUGGAGUAAACGGUAUGAAGAAUGCUUUGUACAAAGUCAUGACCAGUAGUAUCGAUCAAAGCAUUGUUAACGCAGUUUUGGGUAAUUCAAAUGGUGAAUAUAACAACACCAUAGAUGCUUCCUUCAGGCAUUGUAAACCAGGAGAAAUUAAAACGGCGAAUUAUCAUUGAGAAGAGUGCAAUGCAAGAACUUUUUCUUUCACCUGGAACUCUACCAAAUGUAAUGAUUGAGUCCAACAUGCUACUUGUAAUGGAAAAGAUGAAAUAGAAAUCUCUCAAGGUUACUGGAGGAAGUCUGUAAAUUCUUCAACAAUAAUUGAGUGACCCAACAAAGAUGCUUGAAUUGGAGGUUAUCAUCCUGACAACUCAGAUCAUCCUGUCCAAUGUAAAAUAGGAUAUAAAGGUGUUCUUUGCUCAGAAUGAGACAUAGUCAAUGGAACCAAGUAUCAACCUUUAGCUGACUUCCAAUGAAGUAAAUGACCAAAUCAAAUUGUAAAUGGUUUACGAAUGAUUUCCUUUGUAAUAUUUGCUUUAGCUUUCUUAAUAUUUUUAAUAUUUCUCACUCUAAGAAAGACCAAAGAAAGCCAGUUAUCUAUUCUGCUAAGAAUCUUCACAAACUACAUGCAUGUAAUAUCAGCUUCUAUGUCAUUCAAUGUAAAUGUUCCAGACAGCUUCACCAACAUGUUCUCUUUUGCAGGAUCAGUAACAUCCCCUAAUGAGACAUUCUUUUCAUUUGACUGAUUUAUCGAAAGCUAUGAAUUAAGAUUGAUUGCUCCAUCAAACAAAAUGUUAAAAUUAUUUCUUCACAUUUUGUUGCCGAUAAUAUUGAUGGCUGCUAUUUUUGUUAUUUUUCUCAUUAUUAAAAGUUGUGCUUAUUGAAUUGUGAAGAAAGAUAAACCUCAGAACCAAGCAACUACAGAUCUGUAUAGCUUAAAAAGAACAAUUGUAGUUUCUAUAAUCUGAAUAAUUUUCUUAUUUCACCCAAUCCUCACUACAAAGUCUCUGUCAAUGUUCUUAUGCACUCAGAUUGAUGAGGAUGAUUAUAGGAUGACUAACUACAUGGAAUAUAGCUGUUACUCAUUCGACCACCUAAAAUGGGCUGUUUUCAUAUCUACUCCAAUCUUAGUCAUAUGGGUGAUCGGCCUCCCUCUAGUUGCCUUACUAAUCCUUCUGAAAAACAGAGAACAUCUUGAUGAUUGGAAAAUAAAGAAGUAUUUCAUGAUUUUGUACCAAGGAUUCAGGAAAGAAACAUUUUACUGGGAAUUUGUCAGCACCUUUCGGAAAUUCUCCAUCCUUGCUAUUAAUGCUGUGCUCAACAACGCUCCUUCGACCUACAAAAUUUUUCUUGCUAUUGCAUUUCUAGUAGUACUCUAUUUCUUACAAAAGAAGAUAAUGCCCUUCUCUAAGCGAGAGCACAACAAUAUAGACCUUCUUGGCGUCAAUGUUGGAAUACUGACAUUCUACUGCACAAUUUUAUUCUCUCAAGAAGAUUUAAGCCCAAGAGGAUUUUACUCACUAGCUCUGUUUAUUGUGUUUAUUUCAAAUGCCUACUUCAUGCUGAAAUGGCUUUACCUAGUCCUGUGUGAAAUUAAAUGGAACAAUCCUUACUUUAUAAAGCUUCUUAAGAUAUACUCAAGAGCUGUUUGUACCGAAUACACAAGACCCGACUCUAUGCCCAGUGCUAAGCCUAAAACCACCACUCUCAGAGACGUAGUUAAGGUCCAAAUACUAGGCGAAGGCAUGACUCAGCUCAACAGAGGAAAGAAGAAGCAUAAGAAGAGGCUUAAGAAGAGAAGGAAGGGAGCUAAGAGUAAGUAGACUUGGGGAUAAGUGUGGUAGAGAAGUUUUAAGUGGGGCUGGGAGCACGAGGGUAUUAUGAAAGGAAAUUUUUGAUAGAUUUGGGACAUUUGAAGGGAAAUUUGGAUGAUGGGGAGGUUAGGGUGAGGAUUAGUAGUCCUAGUGGGGUGUUGGGAAGGGGUUAAUAGAGUGGUGGCUUACUGGGGGUAGAUUUUAGGAAGAAUUUUGUGAAAGAGAAUAUUGGAAAGAAGAUGCUUGGAAUUGCAGAGGAUUCUAAUUUUGACAAUCCUUUUACUUCCAAAUCAAAAACUGACAGAUUAUUUUGGAAGCCGACGAGCAAAUCAGUUAACAGAUUCAAUAGUAAGAGAUACAUGAAUCAAAACUAGUAGCAAAUUUAAUCUGAAAUAAAAUAUUUUGAAAUGUUU